CCCGACCCCUCGCGUCUUGCCUCAACGCCCCUCGUGCUACUUCCGCUCAAGCUCGAGAUGCCCGACGAAGGUAGCUUUUCCCUAGGAUCCCCCAGAGCUCUUAGUCCAGGGACCCCUAGAAUGAACGAGCGUGCAACAGAAGACACCCCGUUUACAAAGGCAUCCGCACAGAACUCGGAUGGAGAUGCCUGCGGAGACCCAUCCCACACGACGUCGCCACUGAGUGACGAAACGUGGAAACAGUACGAGACACGCUUCAGUAAUGUCGAUACAAAGUUCGUCAAGACUUGGGACAAAGAUCUUGACACACUACUGCUUUUUGCGGCUUUGUUCUCCGCAGUGCUUACGGCUUUCGUAAUCGAGUCGUACCAAUACAUGAAACCCGAGUCGACCAAGACCGAGUCGAACGGCACACCCCCGGCGAAUGCUCACGCUCUCGAAGUAGAGGCGCAGGCAAGUUCGGUCUCCACCUUCGUCCGCAUCAACGUUCUCUGGUUCGCGAGCUUGGUCACAAGUGUCUCGACCGCGUUCUAG